GGCAGUGUGAUGGAGCGUGUCUGGUUGCUGCUGGGGCUCCUGGCCCUCACCAGCGCCAUGUCACGGCGACACCGUGAUGCAACGCCUUACAUCGAUGAUGAUUCGCAUCAGCUGUGGUCCUCGGAGGCCGCUGACCUACUGGAGGGGGAGCAGGUCGAUGCUCACCUUUUGGAACACCAAGACCCGUGCCAGGCGCACUUCUGCGAGCGAGGUCGCGUGUGUCGCCUGGACCACAUGAGUGAGCCCCAGUGCGAGUGUCAACCCUUCUGCUCGCGGCACCGCAAGUUGGUCUGCGGCACCGACGAGCGCCUCUACCUCAACCAUUGUGAACUACAUCGCGCCGCAUGCGUCACGGGGGCCAAGAUCCACAUAGACAGGAGCCGCAAGUGCUUCAGAAAAGGUUUGAUGCCUAUCACUUGGGACAACACUCCCACCCCCGCCACGCCAGCCCCGGCACUCGAGGAUGACGACCCAGCCAUCAAGCAGCUCAACACACUCAUUCGUGACGAUCUCACUCAAGGUGGAGGGGCUGUAUUAACGACGCGGCCGCCAGUAGAAGAAGAGAAAGACGAGGAAGAUGACGAUGAAGAAGGGUCAACUAACCUGGAGGUGGACGAGGAUGAGAACCAGGACAACAAGGUCUCAGGCAGCUCCUGCUCCAUGCAACAGUACGAGAUACUUAAGGACAACCUGUUGCUAUAUCACCACGCGAGACUCAUGGCAGAGAAGGGUCGAGGCUCAGAGCGGGAGUACCUAGUGGGUCUCAUGUUUUCCAAGUUCGACACCAACAACAACGGUGCUCUCGACAAGGAUGAGCUUGUUCAGGUGUCGCAACUGGAGGAGGUGAGUCGCCUGGCGGAGGACUGCUCGCUGGUCGACAUGCUACGAUACGACGACGCCAACACCGACGGUCAUCUCAAUCUUAACGAGUUCUAUACGGCCUUCAGUAAGUUGUACAGUGUGUCAGUGGUCUCCCUCGAUAAAGCCUUGGAGGUCAACCACGUCUCUGCCAGAGUGGGUGACAACCUGGAGAUCAAAUGCGACGUUACAGGCACGCCCACACCGCCCAUCGUCUGGCGACGGAAUGGUCUGGACCUGGCAGCCCUCAACUCUGAGGACAUCCGUGUGUUCAUGGAUGGGUCUCUGUACCUGACGCGGCUCCAGCUGGUCCACGCCGGCAACUACACCUGCCACGCAGACCGCAACAAAGAUGUCGUCCAGACCCACAUCCUCACAGUGCACACUGUUCCUACGGUGCAGGUGACACCCCACAUCCAAAGUUUACGGCCAAGCGAGGAAGCCAUCAUGAGCUGCAGAGCCACUGGAGAGCCCUUUCCAAAGGUUGAGUGGUUGAAGAAUGACGAGCCUCUGCGAGUAGACAUUCCUCACAAAUACGAGGUGGUCGGCAACGGUACACAGCUGAGGGUACGCAACAUUGGCUACGCAGACACAGGGGCGUACAUGUGCCAGGCAACAAGUGUGGGCGGGAUGGCUAGAGACAUCAGCUCACUUAUUGUCCAGGAGAACCCAGCACCCACGGGGGAGCAGCAGGAGAGCAGAGUGUUCGUCUUCCACGACUGGGGCGUGGCAGUGUAUGAACCAGAUGAAUGCCGACUGUUCCACGUCAUCCAAGGCACUGAUGUCAUUCCUGGCACCCAAGAAUAUGUCUGCGGUGAUAAAGGUACUAACUGUUCGUGGGGACGAGCGAUCAACGUAGCUGAGAGGUACAUCUAUGUGACACAGCCCAGGAGGGACCGGGUGCUGGUUGUCUCCGUCCCUCAGAUGGUUGUCGUCGAUGUGAUCGUGACAGACCAGUAUCCAGUGGACCUGUCGUAUGUACCCAACUUGGACCAGGUGUGGGUCCUUAACUGGCGCUCCACCAAGAACGAGGGAGUCAAGACCAUACAGGUAAUUCUCUCAGCUACUAAGGUCAUCAGGGAUGCAUCACAGAAGAAGAAGCAUCACACAGUCCACCCUGAGCCCAUCGACGGACACUUUGAUCUUGUCAAGAAUCUAUUUGUUCCUGCGACACAGGACUUGGGUCAUGACUUCAGGUACGCCUACGUCACCCACACCAACCAGCGGGGUCUGUAUAAGCUGGAUCUGGCCAAUAUGAAAUAUGUCAAGACGGUAGACCUCACACCCUACAACUGUGUUCCACAGCACCUCGUCUUCUCUUCACUACAUGGGUUGGUUGUGAUGGACUGUGAAGAACCUGUGACGGGUCGCAGGACGGGACAGCUGGUUCUGGACUAUCUGACAGAUGCUGUACUGAGUCACAAGACAACACUAAUGGGACAGCCACACGUGGUCCCUGACUCCUCCCUAGUUGUCACCGUAGACACACUAAAUCACGUCAAGAUUGUCGUUCAGAAAGUCACAGACCAUGGCCUGGACUAUGUCUUUGAUGUGAUCACUACACUCAACGUCAGUGAUGUCACCUUCUUCCCGUCUCGCCUCACUCACAGCUACGACCUCUACGCCGCCUCCACUGAUAAAGACGACAUCUUCUUCCUUGACCUUCAGUCUGGUAAGGUAGAGAUGAUCACCGGUGUGGGCAAGGCGAUGCUGCCAGGACUGACGGAGUGGAGUAAUACCAACCGUCCCAUCGUGUCUUCAGGAGUCUUCGGUCACUACAUGGUAUCCCCGGCAGAGGCUGCUAUCUUCGUCAUCAACGGAGAAACUCGCACCGUCAACUGUGAGAUAGGUUCCCUGGUCCAUCCUCGCCUUGCUGUAUGGAUCACUAGGAAAUACAUGUAAAAGAAAAUCCAAUAAGCCUACAGAAAGUGAUCCCUUUCCCUCCCCGAAAACAUGUAAAGAUAAAUGUAGAUAUAAUAAUAAUCUUUUAAAUUUAAAUUACUGUCAGAAAUAACACUAAUUAUUUUAGUAUAAGAAAAAACUAAAUUUGAAGGGUCUUAUGAAAGUGUAAUUUAGGCGAGUCUGUCUUCAAUACAACAUGACAAGCUAUACAUCAUUUAUAAUUUUUUGCAAAUUGGUAAAAAUGAUGCAGACAAACCGAUUUGCUUAAAAUACUAAAACACGCAAACAAAAAUUAAUAAUGUAUACCAAGAAGCCUUAUAAGUUUGUAAACAGUAGCUACAGCAGCAAGAGUGACCAUUUUGGAUUCAUAUAUUUAACAAGAUCGAGGAUGAAUUACUAAUCAGAGAACAGAGAGAGUACACUAAGACAUAUCUUAUGACCCAAAUAAUUCUAGUCCCUGAGAGUUGUUCAUUCUACCUGUCAGAAAUCAAGAACGGGUAUUAUGGUUUAGCUUUGAAAUCAGUCUACAUAGAUUUUGACGCAAAUGCCCUCUUUGAAUCUAGUUUGCUAUAUGAUCUAAUUAUAGUUUUGUUUUCAUAAGUAAUCACACUUUAUAUUUUAAUGUAUCUCAUAACUUUUUUAGCAAAUGUAAGAGUGACUUACUAAAUAGUGUAGCAAUAUGGAAUACGGGAGUUACAGUCACUUAUGUUACUAAAGCAAAAGGUACAUAAGAGAGAUGGGUGCUUAUAAUGGUUUCUUAUAAAGUAUUUUUACAUAUCUUUAUCUAAUGAGUCAUUCCAACAUUCUGGUCAUUAAUGAUACUCACUGUCAUAAAUAUACCAAAGAAAAACAUCAAUUUUAAUCUUUAUCAAAUAAAUUACGAAUGAUAAUGUAUAGAAUUAAGAUUAAUUUGGUAAAGCUUUCUUUACAAUGUUUUUCUUUACUUGAACACAAUACCUUUAUUGCUUUCCUUAACGUAAAAAGUUUAUCGAAAAACUUUUAAGUUCACCGAUGAUCAGAGUAGAAUAGUUCACCUGUCCUUAAAGAAAAUUCAAGGUAUUUACUAAGAAAAUUCUAGCAGUAUAUGCCAUUUGGUUUAUUUAAAAAAAACGACUAAAUUGAAUUCAGUGGCCAGUUUGCUUCUGAUUAUAUCUUUUCCUAAAGUGGAAAAGAAAUAUUUCACAUAAAACAGUUCAUAUCAUUACACUGUUACCUGACAUUAUAUUACCUCAGUUUCUUAACACAAAGUAACAUUUAUUACUUAACAUUUUCUUGAUCAUUAUUCAUCAAAUGAUUUCUCUUCCUUCUUACUUUCGUUAAUUUUUAAAUACAAAAAUUAAGUGCCACUUCUAGCUUAGCUUGUCCUCAUAGCUUAGCUUGUACUUCUAGCUUAGCUUGUACCCAUAGCACAAAAUACAUAUUGGUUUUGAUUUUAAUUAUGAACAUUGAAAAACAGGUUGAAAAAU